CCUCCUCUCUCCCCAACAGCCAUGCUGGCCAGCUGGCUGCCACUCAGGUGUCACUUUCCUGGCUCGGGAGGAGGCAGUGAGUGCAUGAGUUUUUUUGUUAUUGCACGAAAGAUGAGCAUGAGAGAGAAAGGAGAUGGUAACCUGCUGGGAUCCAAAGAGCUCCUGGGAGCUUGUUCUGUGUGCCAUAACCUACUCAUAGCAGCCAGGGAUGGUGCUUCAUCGGGCCGUUCAGGCGGCUCGAGCAGGGGAUCUUGCAGCCCUGAGGGAGCUAGCAUCUUCCGGUCACCUCUCACCUGCCAUCACUGAUGCUCAGGGUGCAGGCCCAGUGCACCACGCUGCCAGGUAUGGACGCGUGGAGUGCCUGCAGUUCCUGGUGAGCGAGCUGGGGCUGGCAGCUGAUGCCCGGGCCUUGAACAAGGCCACACCAGCACAUGAUGCAGCAGCUACUGGUCACAUCCGGGAGCUGCAAUGGCUGGUAGACCAUGGAGGCUGCAACAUUGAGGAUAGGGAUAAUGCUGGUGCCACUGUGCUCCACCUUGCCGCCCGGUUCGGUUGUGUGGAGGUCAUUAAGUGGCUGCUAUCUGCUGGAGGAGUGGCAGAGGUGGAGACAAACUGUGGAGCUGUACCUGCUCACUACGCUGCAGCCAAUGGGGACCUCACUUGCUUAAGACUACUCCUUCAGCAGGCACCUGGGUGUGUGAACCACCAGACAGGCACUGGUGCUACCCCGCUCUAUUUGGCCUGCCAGGAAGGGCACCUGCAUUUGGUAGAGUACCUUGUGAACGACUGCGGGGCUGACGUCCACCUGAGGGCCCACGAUGGCAUGACUUGCCUGCAUGCCGCUGCUCACAUGGGCCACCAGGCUGUGGUUGUGUGGCUGGUGACCUGCACUGAUGUCAACCUGUCCAGCCAGGACAGAGAAGGAGCGACUGCUCUGCACUUUGCUGCCAGCAGAGGGCACUAUUGCAUCUUGGAGAGGCUGCUUCAUGUGGGUUCCAAGGUCAUCAAGGAUUACUGGGGAGGGACCCCACUUCAUGAUGCUGCAGAGAAUGGAGAGCUGGAGUGCUGUAAAAUCCUGUUGGCCAAUCAUGCAAACCCUACAGACCAAGAUAUUGAUGGGUUCACAGCAGCUGACUUGGCAGAGUACAAUGGACACCAUGAAUGUGCCAGAUAUCUCUGUGCCGUGGAGAUAAAAACAGCCUGUGCAGAUAAGCCCAUUGAGGUAAUUGCUCCGGCGGAGGAAGGAGUGAAGGUAAAGCCGGCCGUGUUGUUGCAGUGCAGCAGGGAGGACUACUACGGCUGCCUGAGCAACACAUGCAGGGACAGUUACAGCAGUAACACACUAAUGGAUAGUUUAAAGCAACCUGAGAGUGAGGAGUCCCCGCAAGCUAGAUACCCUCAACUCCCUGUUCCUUCUGCUUCACCCACACCUGUCCAGCCAGAGAGAAAAGCUGUCAACCGAAUAGAGCAGGUUCAAACCGCAACAUCUGUUAUUAAGGGUUUCAGUCAGUCCAAGGCCGCUGGGAGUGAGAUAACUGUCUCUGCUGAUAAGACUAUAUUGCCUGAUGCAAACCUCCUGCCUGAAAGAAAACUACUUGGCGACAUGAAGUCCAUUAAAUCCUUGAAACAGUCAGGGAUAUCAGGAGUCUUCACUGGACAAGCAAACAAGAUGGUGGUCCUGCCCACUGAAGAGGCCAACCUGUCGGACAUCGACUACCUGGUGCCCACUCACGAUGAGAGAGGCCGUCCCAUUGCUGAGUGGAAGAGGCAAGUCAUGGUGAGACAGCUGCAGGCCAGGCUGCUGGACGAGGAGGAUCAGAGGAGGAAGGAAAAUGGGAACAGAUAUGCCAAAGUAAGCUGGAGGUACUCCCAAGCCCACAAUGCCAUCCUGGGGCCCUCUGGUGAGUUGCUGGCUGAGGAUGACCUCAUCUAUCUGGAGCAGCAGAUUGCCAAUGUCUCCAUGCAGAGGAACUGUGAAGGCUACGAGCUGGAGCUCGCUCGUCUAGCUGAGGAGCUCAGGCACAUCCUGCCAGCCCCCAUAGUGAACAUCACCGUCAACACACAAUUCAGAAACUUCACAAGUCAAAUUCCUCUACCUGUAUGGUGCGGCCGCAUCUCAGGCAUCGUAAAGAGCAUGUCUCUGCUCAUGACCAACCUGACAGACCAGCCCUACUGCAAGAUGCCCAACACCGACCUGAUCACCGUGUUCUCUCAGACACCAGACAGACAGAACUCCACCAGGGGACGCAGGGAGAGCAUAGAGGAUGAAAUCCAUCAGUUCGGAGUGUCUGUAAGGACUCUUAAGUCUAAUUUUGAGACACAGAACUCACCUUUGUCAGAUGAGCCGGAGGAGGCCGUCGUGUUAAGUUCUUCCACACAGCUUGAGGCCACAGAGUCAGACAAACAGCCCAAAGUGUUGAGUCCGGCCUCAGAAACAGACCAGAACAGUGACUCCGGCAUUGACUAUGAUGAAAAUGUUGCAGAGACCACCAGCCUCAGAAAGGAGCGUAUAGUCGUGCUGUUCUUAGGCCACUGGAAGAAAUCUGCCUACACUGUGACACUGAAGAGCAAGGAUGCAGCAGAGAGGAAGAUGAGUGGUGGAAACCCCGGGGUGGGCGAAAAAUCCGGGUCGGGUCGCCGGGGCAGCGAGGAGAGCGCCCAGUCGAAGAUGAUGAACAGUUCUCUGGGACAUUUCUUCAAGCAGAGGAGUGCUGUCAACAAGAUGCUUGGAAACUGGAGAAGCAUGAUCUCCAGUGUCCCGUCCAGACAAAUACGCAGGCUCCACAGGCAGAAAGCCCUCUACUCCCCAGAGCAGUUCCUACCUCGUCUGGAUGGCGUGCUGAUGGAAUACGACAACCUGACCCUAGAUCUCUUCAUGCUUGGCUACUUUCACAUCCUGGAGUUGGAGUUGCCUGUGGACGAACGUAAAAUGAGGCACCUGCUGUGUUUUGAGGUUUUCGAUCAUGUGGGGAGCUUUCCCUGGGAGCUGGUCAGGGACUUUCAUAAGGCUGUCAUACAGGACAUUGAAGCUGGAAACCGUGAGUGGAAGGACGGUUUUGAGGACAUUAAAGUAAAGUUCUUUGGAAACACUGUGAGUCAGUCUGAAAGCACAGCAGAAGUGGUAAAACAUAGCCUCCCAGAGGUUAGACAGGUCCCUAAAGUCAUUGUGCAGACACCUACACCUGAUGAGGGGAUGCCCCACAGUGGAACUGACAUUUCCAGUUUCAGCAAUGAAGAAAUUUGUAAAUACAUCGACCGUAGUUUUGCUUUUUGGAAAGAGAAAGAGGCAGAGAUUUUUGAUUUUGAGUAGUUUCUUGUGUCAUCUUUUUGAUAUUUUUGUAUUGUCUGUAGUUUGAUGAUGUAAGGGCUGGGUAUCACACCUAAAUACUGUUUGAUUUGUGAACUGAAUUGUUGUAAUAGUCAGCUAUUGAGUACCGAAAGCUAGCACAGAAUGCUUAGCCAGAUUUUUAGCCUUGUUUACUUUUGAUCAGAUAUUGCCUGAUUUGAAUUAUAAUUUUGUUAAUUUUAUACUGUAUUUUUUGUGUUAAAACAUUAACCUGAAAUGCAUUUGAGAAGUUUGGACUUUGUUGUUAAGUUUUAUAAAGGAUUUAUAAAAAAAAAAAAGAUUUUGGGUCUGCUAUUCAAACUCAGGUAUCAAAUUGGCAACACGCUGCAAACCAUACCCAGCCAUAAUUCAAAUGCCAGAGUGCAGAGGGCACUAACAUGUUAAGAAAGCAGUUAAUGGUAAAUAUUCCCAACACAGCCUAGAAUCCAUGAUCUGUCAGAAAUAGGACCAGUUGUGGCAUUAUUACAAAAUAAAUCAUUACACAGAUA